AUGGAGGAUUCACUCUUUUCUCAGAGAAGCAUCAGUAUUGCCAAGCUGGGCUCCAGUCCCAACUCUUGGAAGACUGAUUUCAUCUUAGCUUUCCUUUGUGGACUGGGGCUCUUUUUCCUGAUUCUCCCCUUCCUCAAAAACAACCCAUCCUAUUCACCACCUCAAAAAGAUAGAAAUACCAGAAAGCUUCAAAAGGAACCAAGACCAAGGAAAAGAAACCGAAAAAAUAGUGGAGCUUUAAAAGCUUGUAGAGAUUGCCUGUAUGAGCUGGAUGAGACUCGAAACUUAAUGUUCCUUCUACAGAGCAACACCUCAGGAAGAACAAUUCAAUUUGGGAAGAAUCCCAGUGGACACAAUCUCAAAGAGCUCAACUCCAAGUAACUCCUGUGUGGCAUCUCUAGUUGCAGCCAUGUCCACCUCAUCACAGAGCCAGUCCCAGCACCAGUACCUGCCCACCAUCUACACAGGCCUCCUUCUGGGGGGGCAUA